AUGGAUUUAUUGGAUAAUUGGACAACAGUUGAGGAUUUUGAACAGAUACAGAAAGACACAAAAGAGUUUAUUGCACAAACGGGCAUUGCAUUCCUCUCUGAUUUUAUUAGGAUAAAAUCGAAUGAAUGGAAAAAUGCAAAUAUUCAAAUUGGAAUUUUUGGGGAAAGUGGUUCCGGCAAAUCAACAUUUUUGAAUACUUUUCGUGGAUUAAAAAGAGGUGACGAAGGAUUUGCCGACCAGGGUUAUAAAGGUAAUACAACUAAAAAAGCAACAAAAUACACAAUAAAGGACAAUCCUAACAUCACAUUUACGGAUGGGGUUGGUUGCGGAACAAUACAAUAUGAGAGAGGUUAUGAAUAUCUGAAAUCGCUCGAAAUAGAGAAUCUUGAUUUUGUGCUUUUGAUGUCGAAUAAGAAUUUUUCACAGGAUGAUGCCUGGUUUGCUAGGGAAAUACGUAAAAUGGGAAAGCCGUUAUUUUUCGUAAGAACUAAAUUCGAUGAAAUCUUAAGAAGUGCCAAAGUGGACGGCAUCACCGGACAGAACAUUUACGAAGAAAUAGUUACAGUUUGUGCUGAAAAUAUCAAAGACAGCGGAAUUCCAACAACAAGUAUCUUUAUAAUAUCCAAUUAUGAUCCGUCAGUAGGCGACUUCGACAAGCUAAUUCAUGCAAUAUUUAAGACGCUCACACAAAACAAAAGGGAGGCAUUACUUUAUUGUAUACCACCCUUAUCGCACCAGGUGAUUAAAGAAAAGAAGGUAGAGUUGAUCCGACGUGCGAACCGUGUUGCUUUCUUAUCGGCAGCAGGUGCUGCAAUACCUUUACCGAUGCUGGAGAUCUUGAACGUAAACAUGCUUCAAGGUGAAAUACGGUUUUAUAUGAAGGAAUUUUCACUGACUGAAGAGAUAAUAAAAAACACUUGUAACAAGCUGAAAAUCGUACAAAAGGAAUUAAUGAGCCUACUUCCUCAUUUUCAAAGUUUGUUGAUGGAAGGAAUUAGAGAAAUGGUCUUGAAGUCUAUUCAGUCAGUUCUUGCUGAAAAAACUACCGAAGUUAUGGCAAAGCGAUUUUUAAAGUUUAUACCAUUUGUCGGUACUAUCUUAUCAUCUUCAAUUACGUUCAUUGCAUGUUUGAAAAUGCUCCACAAGGAAAUCGAUGAACUAGAAAAAGAAGCACAUACACUUCUUGAUAAAGUAAUUGAAAACCUUAAAUUAUAG